AUGGAACCUUCUUUUUUCAAAAUAAGUUUGCCCGGCACUAUAACCAGACAAUCUCUCACAAUGGUAGAUCUGUGUCUCCCUUCGUACAAAUUAAAAUCUGGAAUGGAUUAUUUCAAUCCCUUUUACGACGAUUUCCAAUUCAAAGAAACGGUGUUUCUUGUGCAAGAAAAAUUGAUAAAUCACCCGAAAGACAUAAUCGUUCUCGCUGGAGUUUCGGGAGGUGGAAAAACAUCGACAGCAUUUGGAAUUUCUAUGCAACUUUGGUCAAUAUAUGUUGAUUAUUGUCCUAGUGGGGGACAAUAUGGUGAUUUUAUGGGCCAGGAACUUGAAAGGAUCAGAGCUAGACCACCAAAGUACGGCCAAACUGAAGAACAGAGUAAAAUAUUUGACAUGCUGGACUUAGCAAUAAUCGCACGCGGGCUUUUACUUAUCAAGAUGCUUGUUCUGGAAAAAAUUUCAACACCACAGGAAUGGCUUUUUGCACAGCUUCGAAAUACCAAAGAAAUUCAAAAUAAGUUGCAUAAUAUACAUAAUAUAUCUUCACUUAUUUAUUACAUCAAUGAAUGUCUUAAUGUGGAAUCUCUAAUUUUAAUAUUUGAUGAGGCGCAAGUCCUUUGCGGACCAGAAUAUGGAGAAUACAACGGGAGUUCAUCAUUAGGAAAAAAAUGGAAUCUCUUGCAGGCUUACAUUGAACAUCUUACUCAUCUUCCCGUCACUUCUCUUAUUGCCGGCACUUAUAUGCAUAUGGCAAGUGGAAUUUCUCUUGUCACUAGUGUUGAAAAAGUCCAAGGCUUGCAUGCUCAUAUUGUGCUAAAGCUUCCCUUCCUUUCACAAAAUGAUGUCCUGCGGAACCUUGAUACCGUAAUCGACCUGACAGAUGUUAAACCUAAAACACGCGAUUACUUAGGAUAUAUGCUCAGAGGACGACCUCGAAACUGUGCAUCAUUUGUUUUGAAGUUGAUAUCGGAGCGGGAAUCAAAGGGUAGAUCGAAAGAUCAAGAGUUGCGAGAACUUCUUUGUUCAUGGUUCAAACAAAUAAGCCAUGAUAUGGCAGUAUAUUUGGAAAAUGCAUGUAAAUCUUUAGGUGCAAAUAACAUCAAUUCAGAAACAGCAAUUAUAGAUGUUCUUAGGCUUCGUGUUUUUUACAAUUGUAAGUUCAAGCAAGCUAUAGAACUACUUCAACGCAGCAUCAUUCCUUGCCAGUCACCAGAAUGCAUAAUUCUUCGCCAUGAUGACGCUUAUUCUAAUGAGAUUAAAAUCAAUCCAUCAUUUGAAUCUUACCUCGUAUCUGGCAUCGAAAUGUUUCUUCUAAAAAGAGGGAAAACUUUAGUAGAUGUCUUCGUUGAAAAUAUUAUCAGACUCAAUAAUACCUCAUCAAUUGGCAAUGAAUUUGAUGCGGUCUUUAUUACGGCAAUGAUCCAGAAACGUGGGCGUAAUGUGCGAGAAGAGCUUAAUAAAUGGAAAAAUGGUCAAAUUUUUGAUCUUCCUUCAUGGAUAACACCCACAAUGAAGUUUAUAACAAUUUCAAACCUAUCAGGAGGAGUUCCUAUAGCAGAAUAUGUUGAUAAUACGACUUAUUACUGUUCUUAUGCAAUCCAACCGGACAGAUUCUCAGGUUCAGACGUAGUGAUUUCUUUUGCGGAUGAUGAGCAAAAUAUGGUAUUAUUAUCAGCAAGCUGUACAGUUUCUGGAGGACCUAUUAAGCGAAGUAAGAUCAAAGAGCAGGUAUUCAAGUCAUGUAUGAAGUUUCAGUAUAUGGAAAACACGAGAAAGAGGAAAGGGAAAAAUUCCCAAAUCGAGGAUCAUGAGGGGGGAUUUUCUUGGAAAGAACCAGAGUGUCUUCAAAUAGGUCUUGUAUCUAAGGUCAUUGAGCGUGCAAAGAAUCAUGAAAAAAUUAAGAUUUCUACAGAGAAUAGAAAACAUAUUUAUGUUUCAGUGGAGCUUCCACAUCGAGCUAGCAAAAGAUCAGAGUUGUUUCGGUUCAAUGAAUAUGGUGACCUCGUGAUUAUUGUGGAUGAUCGUAAUAUGGAGAGUGUUUUUGGAUCAGUCAUUAAAAAUGAAAGUCAAGAAAAUUCGAUGGAUCAAACAGAAUAG